AUGGGCGAUAGAGUGGCCAUGAUUGAACGUGCAUGCAGAGAGCUGGAAUCGAAUGGGAAGGUGGACAUCAUACAGACUAGUAGCUUGUGGGAGAGUAAGGCUAUGUAUGUAGUCGAUCAGGACAAUUUCGUAAACGGUGCUUGUGAGAUAGAGACUGCACUGUCACCAAUUGAACUCUUAGAUGAGCUUCAGAGGGUUGAAAAGAAGAUGGAUCGCGUUAAGAUCAUCGACAAGGGACCCAGGAAUAUUGAUCUGGAUAUUCUACUCCAUGGAUACACAAGGUACUCCGACGAGAGACUACAAAUACCUCAUCCGUUGAUGUUUGAGAGAGAAUUUGUCCUGCGCCCACUUUCCGAGCUUUUGCUGAGAGGACCUGAACAUUUCCCAUUCAAGGGUCAAAUUAGGGAUUAUCUUAAGAAGUUACCCGCAUCAGAUGUGCCGCUGGUCCCGAUGACGCCACUUGCACCAGAUCUAUCUCCCAUCUCGUCUGCCCAACUAGCGAAGGACACGCGGAUCAUGUCUAUCCUGAACGUUACACCAGACUCAUUCUCAGAUGGUGGUCAGAAUUAUGAUAUCGACGAAGUGACGCUAGCAAACACCAUCCGAGCACACAUUGCGGCUGGCGCCACGAUUAUCGAUGUAGGUGGACAAUCAACUCGGCCCGGUGCCGUUCAGGUUUCCGCCGAGGAAGAGUUAGCACGGAUCUUACCUGCUGUCCAGCUGAUCCGCUCAUUGCCGGAGGCCGACAAUGUGGCAAUCAGUGUCGACACAUACCGUGGACGCGUUGCUGAAGAGGCCAUCAACGCUGGCGCAAAUAUGAUCAAUGAUGUCAGUGCAGGAGCGAUGGACGACUCGAUGCUUUCAACCAUGGCCAAACUUGGCUGCACGGUCUGUCUUAUGCAUAUGCGCGGCACCCCAGAAACCAUGACCUGUCCUGAGAUGACCUCCUAUCCCGACGGCCUCGUAGAGACCGUAGGAAGGGAACUUCUCGAACGCGUCUAUGCAGCAGAGAGGGCAGGCGUCAGGCGCUGGCGCAUCAUCCUUGAUCCUGGUAUUGGCUUUGCGAAGACACAAGCACAAAACCUAGAGCUACUUCGCCGGCAAGACGAGUUGAUGAGAUAUCCGGGCCUGGAAGGCAUGCCUUGGCUUGUCGGAACGAGUCGGAAGAAGUUUAUUGGGAAUAUUACGGGAGUCAAGGAAGCAAAAGACAGGGCCUGGGGGACUGCCGUUGCCAUCUCGGCGGCUAUCCAAGGCGGUGCGCAUAUCGUAAGGGUACAUGAUGUGAAGGAGAUGGCGCAGAGUGCGAAGAUGGCGGAUGCACUCUGGCGAGCAUGA